AUGGAGUUUCUCGAAAGAACUUAUCUUGUGAAUGACAAAGCCACCAAGAUGUAUGCCUUCACACUAGACAGCGUGGAACUCCAGCAGAAACCCUUGAAUAAAGAUCAACAUCCUGGAGAGAAGCCAGAGGAGCGGGAAUCAGGAGCCAUCCAUCACUGCCACAGCAACUCCAAGGCCACGGGGAACAGGGCGAAGGAGCAAGUCCAAGCCAAGUGGAAACUCUGUGCUGCUUCAGGAAUAUGCUUCUUUUUCAUGAUUGCAGAGGUUGUGGGUGGGCGCAUUGCUGGGAGUCUCGCUGUCCUCACAGACGCUGCCCAUCUCUCAAUUGACCUGACUGGUUUCCUGCUCAGUCUCUUCUCCUUGUGGCUGUCGUCGAAGCCCCCCUCCAAGCGGCUAACAUUUGGAUGGCACCGAGCAGAGAUCCUUGGUGCCCUGCUGUCCAUCCUAUGCAUCUGGGUGCUGACUGGUGUGUUGGUGUACCUGGCGUAUGAACGCUUGCUGUACCCCAAUUACCAGAUCCAGGCAACCAUGAUGAUCAUCAUUUCAAGCUGCGCAGUGGCAGCCAACAUUAUACUAAGUGUGAUUUUGCACCAGAGACGCCCCAGCCACAAUCACAAAGAAGUGCAAGCUAAUGCCAGCGUCAGAGCUGCCUUUGUACACGCCCUUGGAGAUCUAUUUCAGAGCAUCAGCGUAUUAACCAGUGCACUUAUUAUCUACUUUAAGCCAGACUAUAAGAUGGCCGAUCCAAUCUGCACAUUUGUCUUUUCUGUCCUGGUUCUGGCCAGCACCGUCACUAUCUUAAAGGACUUCUCCAUCUUACUCAUGGAAGGUGCGCCUAGGAACCUGCACUACAGUGGUGUGAAGGAGCUCAUCCUAGCGGUGGAUGGGGUGGUGUCUGUGCACAGCUUGCAUGUCUGGGCGCUAACAAUGAACCAAGUGAUUCUCUCAGCUCACGUUGCUGCCGCAGCCAGCCGGGAUGGCCAGGUUGUUCGGAGAGAAAUUGCUCAAGCCCUCAGCGGUAGCUUCCCUGUGCACUCACUCACCAUUCAGAUGGAAUCUCCAGCCGACCAGGACCCAGACUGCCCUUUCUGUGAAGACCCCCGGGACUAGCUCAGUCACACCGUCAGCUCCCCAAUUUCAACAGGUGACUCCGUGCUGCUCCGCAGUGUCUAAGAAACCAAAGGGAGAAGCCUGAGAAAUUCAUGAUGCAGUACAAUGCACAUUUUAUCCUUCUUUAUUUAGCUCCAUCCACUAUGAAUGAAAAUGCACUCAGAUUCAUCAGUCAAUUGGAUUAUCAACCCAUCAGUAGCUGUGCUCAGUAACAGAAAUGUGUACACAGAUGAUUCUUGACUGGGGCUGAAAUAUCAGCUGUUUGUAACUGCAGGUAAUAAAACCUCAAUAACACAUCUCCGGGAUGAGCGGGCAAAGGGGAACUCAGGAAAGUCUUACCAGGAAUCAGUGGCAAGGAAAGAGUCAUAAAAUUCUUUCUAGACCACAAAAAGCAAAAAAAAAAAAAAAAAAAAAA